AUGGCCCGAAAAGCUUUCGCUUAUGCAGAGCAUUGUGGCAUCAAUGUCAUGGCGCUUCUGCUUGAUACAGGGUCUGGAGAGGCGCUGGAUCCACCUCUUGUGGAGCUACUGAGACCUGAAAGCGUCAUGAGCUCUGUGUGGGAAGAAGCCUACGAUGAGGCCUCUGGACGCGCCUACUACUUCAACCGCCUCACGGGAGAAACCUCGUGGACACUGCCCGGUGAACCAACGUCGGAGGCUGCGGCUUCCGCUACCGAGAGCGCGUGGCAGCAGAGCUUCGACGAAGCCUCGCAGACCGCCUACUACUACAACAUUUAUACGGGCGAGACAUCAUGGACACUACCGGAAGAGGCUGGGCAAGAGACAGAAGAUGUCGACCUCUCCUAUCUCGUCUUCGCCGUGGUGCGUCUGCAGUCCAUGUUCCGUGGAUUCAGAGACCGCAAGCGAGUGCGCCGCCUCGUGAAGGCUCAGUACCAGUGCAGCACGGACCCCGACACUGGGAAGACGCUGUACACCCACUUGAAGACGAACGCUUCAUCGUGGACGAAACCUGCUCUGUUCGGGCUACUUCAUAUCCCCGAUGACGGAGGUGCCCAGGAAGAAGACGAUGAGGACGACGAUGCAGACGACGACGAUGACGACGACUUUGAAAGUUUCCAGCAGGAUGCUGCGCGUGACGCUGAGGAGGAAGGAGAGAUCACCGCGGCACUCACUCAGAACGACGGUGGGGACGUCGAACUGGACGAAGCGACCAAGAGGAAGCAGCAGCGUAAAUACCCCCGCUCCAAAGCCCAGCUGAUCGUCGACGCUGCGGAAGAUGCUGGGUCAAACGCCCAGCUCCUGGAUAUGAGCGGCCUGGACGCGUGGAAGCUCUCCUCUCGCAUCUGGAACCUGCAGUUCCUCAAGAAAUUGGUCUUGUCGCACAACUGCUUGACGCGCAUCCCGUCCGGAAUCCAGGACUUGAUCCACCUCGAGGAGCUCGACGUGAGCCACAACCAGCUCACGCGUCUCCCGUCCUGCCUGCAGACAACGACGACGCUCACAGAGAUCCGAGCGUCGCACAACUUCAUCCAAGCAUUCUCCCCCAAGCUCUGGAAACUUCGCGAGAUCCGCUACCUCGACCUCUCGCACAAUCGACUCAAGGAGCUGCCGUACGUGGAAGGAGACUUGAAGCUGCUCCGAGAAACGAGGGAGUGGCAGGUCGGCGUGGGCUUGUUGGCGAGGCUUGAAGUGCUGCUUCUGAAUGACAAUCGGCUCGUGGAAGUGCCCAAGUCCAUCGAAAAGUGCAGCGAGCUCACGCUCUUGGACUUGUCCAACAAUCAACUCACCGCAUUAAGAGACGAGAUCCCAGCACUCGCCUCGCUGAAACGACUGGUGCUGCAUCACAAUGCUCUGCGCUCGUUACCAGAAGCCAUUGGCAACCUCUCCUGCUUGGAGGAGUUUGAUCUCGCUCAUAACCGACUGCUAACUCUCCCAGAAAGCAUCGGGGCCCUGCACAAGCUCGAAAUGCUUCUCCUCUUCUCCAACCAGCUGAGACUGCUGCCCAAAGAGUUCGGCGCGCUGAGCCAACUGCGCCACCUCAACCUCGACAACAACCCGAAGCUCAUCAACCUCAAGGACUUUUUCGGGCACUUGUCGAGCGUCUCGUUCUUUUCUGCGUCGUCGUGCGGCAUCGUCACGUUCGAGUCGUUGGACUUCCUCAAAGACUCGCCCGUUCGGACGCUCCGACUGCGACAGAACGCGCUGCUCGAGUUCCCGCUGCUCAUCGGCCACGCAGCGAUGCAAGACACGCUUCAAGAGCUCGUGCUGGCUGGCAACCACCUCUCACAAGUGCCACUGGCUGUGUUACUGUACUGCAGCCACCUGCAGCACUUGGACCUCUCGAACAACUCGCUGCGCGUUCUCCCCACUGAAAUCGCCCACCUGCGCAGGCUUAAGGUCUUGUACCUCAGCACGAACGAGUUGCAGGAGCUGCCUGACGAACUGACGCAGCUUCCUCGCCUGCGAGAGCUCACGUGCGACCACAACCAGUUGGAGAAGCUGCCUCUGCGCGUCGGGAACCUAUCGCAGUUGAUAAAGUUGAAUGUGUCCUUCAACCAGCUCCGCUCCUUGCCAACGUCCGUGAUGGAGCUGACGCACUUGCAGUCGCUGUAUGCCAGCGACAACUUGCUGUCUGGUCUCCCGCCCGCAAUUUCCCGUGUGAAUUGCUUCUGCGAGUUUUCCAACAACCCGUUCACUGCUCUGCAGCAUCAGCAUCAGCAGGACCGCCGAAGUCGCCUCGCUCGUGCCUCUAAACUGAUUGACGCUGGGGACUUUGACAAAGCAGAAGAGCUCUUGUCAACGCUGAUAGACGAAGUGAAGGCCCUUCCUCAUGUUGACCAAAACCACGAGAGCUCUCAACUCCACUACAGACGUGGAGUGUGCCGCUUCAUGCUUCUCAAGCGAGCGAGACAAGCGAUCGACGAAGUCUCUACUGUGAUUAGCGCUUGCGAGCAGGAAAUGCACGGGGCUGAGCUCCUUCGCGCUCGUCAACUGCGACUGAAGUCGAAGCAGAAGAAAGCGCACGACCAGCAACCGGAAUCGCCAAAGCUCCACUCGGACAACAGCAACGAGUUCCAGCCUGAAGAUUCGGUCAAAGAAACUUACACGAAGGCUGCGAACAAGCGCUUGCAAGCCAGACAAGACCACGAACGUCUCGGCAGUGGAGCAUCGAAAGACUUCCAAGUGGCGAUAGAGUUCGAGUGCCCAGAGCUCGCAACCACUUAUUACCUCAAAGGGCUCGUCCACAUGGUGCUCCAUCAAUAUCCUGAUGCCGUCGAUAGCUUGACAAGGGCGCUCAAGUGUGUCCAUGCUCCACUUCCAACCCUCGAACCCACAGACAACCAGCAGGAAGCCAUCGCCGAAGAUGAAGCAGCCCACUUACCAACCAUCCCCGAAGCAAGCGUGCAGCUCUUCUUGCGUCGAGCUGAAGCAUAUCGCGGCCUUGGACAACUACCGUCGGCGAUUGCAGACUUGCGCCACGUUGUGUCCCACUACCCGAUCCAACGCGACGUCACUGCUGUUACGACGCUCGAGAGUGAGUAUCUUCAGGCCUGGGAGGCUGAACAAGCCGCCUGCGCCGUUGACGACGCCGCGUUGCUUCGUGCCUUCAAUAUCGAGGCUGCAUCCGGUCUUGCUCGACGGCCUGAAGUCUUGGACAUUCACGCUGAAGCUCUCGCCGCCGCUACAGCAAAAAAGAAAGCCGGUAGUAACAAGAGCUCAGCCACCACUACUAAGCGUUUGCCACCGGCCGAACGUUUUCGACUCGACUGCGAGGCACACAUCGAGGCGCUUCAAGUGGAGCGGAAACAAGGUCGCGCCCCAUUCGAAGAGAUCAGCGCCCGAAGUCGCGCGUUCCUGGCCCGAGCUCGCGACUUCAAACGCGAGAUCCGCGCGAACCUGCAGAUGGAAAUGGAGGAGACCCAGCAACGCCACAUCGAGCGAGAAAUCGCGCGCGAAGCCGAGAGGAGGCGCCUGGAGCACCAGCGCGAGGUCGACGAGCGGAUGUCCAUGAAGUACGAGGACGAGUGGAUGCGCUGGUUCGUGAGCGAGGAGCUCCGCCUUGAAGACGAGCGACGGCGUUGCGCGGAAGAAGCUCAACGUCGCGCGGACGCCAAAGUCGCGUACGCUGCCAGACUCGCUAAACGCGGGGGCAAGCGGCAGGCGGCUGUGGGUCAACGCGGCAAAGGCAACUCGAGGCGCUGA